AUAGGAAAUAUAACAACAUUCUUCUUUUCCAAAGUAUUCAUUUUUCCUUUGAAUCUUCUAAUAUAUAGUUUGGGGACUGUGAUGAAAUUGUGGUUGAGGAGGUACUAAGAAGGAACAUUAGAACUUAAAGGAUCAUAAAUCAGACAGUUUAUUAUUCUCAGACAAGGAAAUGCAUGUGGUUCCCUUGUCCUUCAGUUGCAUCAGUAGCUUAGGCAUAAUAUAGCUUAGGCUAUGUACUCUAAUAGAGAGCCCAGAUCUAGGUUUCUGCCCUUAUAUCUGAUUGUUAUGGUGGGACAGUUUUAUAGGACUGAGUAGGAGAAGGACUUUAGGAGUUAUCAAUCAGUGGGUUGGAUUGUCACCCCAUAUUCUCCCCAAAUCAACUACAAGGACAUUGUAAUUAGUAACAAUUGCUAACCUUACAUAUCUGGAAUUGAUGUAAUUUCCUAAGAUAGUAGUUUGCUAAUAUGAUAAUCGUAACCCUAAAUGUAGCUAAACAAGCCAGUUGUUGGGUAUACAGGAACUUUUUGGUAUAUAGAUGGAUUAAAUUGUUGAACAUAGAGUCCCUUUUAUCAGAUAGGACCUAGCAAUAAAUGUCUUCACAGGGAGAACGGUUGUAUAAAUGCAAAGAAAACUGGAUUUGGACUUGAAUCAUGACUUGGCUAUUUAUUAAUAUGUGUCCUUAGGUAAAUUACUCUCUGGGCUCAGUUUUCUCUUCUGUAAGAUGAGAGGAAGUUGGACUAGACAUUCUCUAAUGUAACUUUCAGGUAGGAAUUCUAUGUCAUUUUAAAAACUUACUGAUUUUUUCUGCAGGUCCCUGCUGUGCAUGGAUACUUCUUUGACAAAGAUCCUAGGAAACAUCCCCGAAGAUACCAAGAAACUUAGAAUAGAAAACUCUCACUUAACUGAACUGCCUUAUGGGUCUUUUCCUAACAACAGUGCCUUGGAAUUCCUUUGGCUCAACUUUAAUAAUAUCACAGUGAUUCACCCAGGAGCCCUGGAGCAUCUAAGAGACUUGAAAGAAUUGAGGCUGCAGGGGAACAUGUUGUGUACAGUACCAUGGACAGCAUUCCAAGCUACUCCAGUUCUAAACAUCCUUGAUCUCAAACACAACAGACUUGAUGUUCUACCCAAGCAAGCACUUCAGUAUUUGAUUAACCUUACAUACUUAGACUUGUCCUUUAAUGAACUUACGGUGGUUUCUGUGGACGUCUUCAUCCAGUGGCCCAUGUACCAGAGGAGUCAGCAACACAUCAGUGGGGCUGAAGGCAUUUCCAAUGUGGUGUUGGCUUUGCACAAUAAUCCAUGGAUGUGUGACUGCCAUCUAAAGGGGCUGGUUCAAUUUUUCAAAUUCAUCAGACCUCCUGUAAUACUAAUGAACUCCUACCUAAUGUGCCAGAGUCCUCUGUCAAAGGCAGGGCAAUUUUUUUAUGAAGUAGAGCUCACUAGCUGCAUGAAGCCAAAGACUUCAACUCCUAAUUCUAACAUCACUGUCCAAGUGGGACUAAACAUCACUCUAAGCUGCCUGGUGCAGGCCAGCCCCUUACCAAAUAUUAUAUGGACUUAUCCACUGAAGAAGUUGAGGGAAUUUGAUGUAUCUACCUCUCCUACUGGGGAAGACUCUAUCCAGUCUGAAUUGGUGAUCCCCUCAGCUCAUCUGACAGAUAGCGGCAACUACUCCUGUGUGGCCACCAACUCCAUGGGCAGCAGCUCUAUCCCCAUCUCCCUCCGUGUUCAGCCUCGUCAGGCUGUGCCCUCUUCCUCUUCCUCUUUGGCUUCCUUGGAGGAGCAUUCUUACAUUUACAUGAGUAUUACCAAGCAGACUGUUUAUGGAAUUGGGCUAGAAUGGUAUGCAGUGACAGACAACCCUUCAGAGACCUGGUUCACACUCUACUUUGGGAUAUACGAAGCUAUCAAGAAGGAAAUGAUAUCUAUUGGCCCUGGGAUCAAUACUUACUGGGUGAAUGAUCUGCUUCCAGCCACAAAAUACGAGGCAUGCAUCAGCUUACAGAGCCAGCCACCCCGCAAGGAUCAGUGCAUUGUCUUUGUAACAGGUAAUGACAUCAGUGAGCUAGAGAAGAGGGAGAAGAUUAUCCACAUCAUUGUUGUGGUAUGUGCUUUGGUCCUGGCAGUGCCUGUAGGCACGUAUGUCUGUACCUCUGAGGCCCAUUUUGGUUGCUUGGGCCACUGUUUGAACUGCUGUCCCCAGUGGAGGAAUGGAUCGAGAUGCCGUGGCACUGUCAUAGAGAGCAGGAAUACCAUGUUCAACAACCUGGCAAGUGGAAUUGAGGAGAACCUCUCUCUUGGGGAUAUCAGAGAGGAUCAGAGAUGGAAAAAUGGGAGGGAAACUGAGAAUCAAAAUAGUGUUCACCUUUUCUAGCUAGACUAACUCCAAAGCAGGUUGACUUGGAUCCUAUCAGUCAAACCACCAACUGGGCAAGGCAACGUCCUCUUCCUGUGAACUCUAUGGUUUCUCUUUGGUCUGGAAAUAUUGUUGAACCACCAGAAGUUGAGCAUGUUUCACCUUCUAAUUGUAAGCUCAAUAUUCUCAAGGAAAUUGUCAAUAUAGCAAUGAGAUCUCUAAUCUAUCCAUGCCUUCUCAUCUAAGUGACUCUUGUCCAUUCCUUCCCAAAAAAUCUCCAUUAGCGAUCUACUCAUUGUAGGUCUUUUAACAUAAAGUGAGUACUGUUGUCUUCUUUAUAAGGCUAGCAGGAAGCAGUCUUGUCUGUGAUACAAAUGAUCUGGGUGCCAUUCUCCAAUGAGUGAGAAUAUCACUCAGAGAAAUACUUAAUUGUCCUCAAAGCAUAGCCCAUUUAGAGGUCUUUGAGGAUACCUUUGGUCAUCACACCAACACAUUCCUUGUAGUCUGUUUGUUAGAACAUUUCUUAAAGUAUGUAAAGGAAGCAACUAUCAUUAGUUUCACCAAUGGGUCGUGUGUUGGGGGGGGGAGUUAGUUCUUCUGUACAGUGCUUUUCUGAAAUUCUAUUAUUCAUUAAUGCCACCCUGUAAAUAAUCCUGUAAGUAAUGCCAUCCUGAAUGCAUAUAGGGCCAUUUUGUAAGCAUAGUGACUCCCUUAUUGCUGCUGAGGGAAUGGAGAAUGUUCACCACUCUUUGGGUAGACAAUGUUGUGAUGGAUUGCAAAAGCUACAAAACUCCAUGCCCUAUGUCUUCUUACUAGGACUAUGUUUUAAGGAUGUCAUUGAAAGGAAAAACAUGACUUAUUUGUUCCAAAAUAUUCAUAGCAGUGUGAUUUCAGAAAAAAGCCAUAGGCAUAAUGAUUAGUGAAUUGCUGGCAAAUUGUGGUACAUGAACAUAAUAGAAUUUUGUUUCACCAUAUUUAUUGACUGACCAUUAUAAAUGUCAGUAUUUGACAGAUUGAGAAACAUGCAGGCAUCCAUAUUAAAUGAUAUAUAGUGAAGAAAGCACAGUCAGAAUAGUCACAUACACACUGUAACUAUGCAAAGACCAUAGUAGAUAGAGUACUAAAAUUCCAGAAAAAGACCCAGAAUAAAAAGUUCAAAAGGGGACAUACAAAUAAAAAAGAUGUCAUUAUUUUGCUAAAGCAAAUAUAUAUUAUUAAAGUUGUAAAUAGUUUGGAGCUUAUAUUUUUCACUUGAUCACCUUUUAUUUUGUUGAUCUGAAAGUUUUUGUUGAUGCUCAUCAAAUUUAGUAUUAAAAAUUAAAACAGUGAUUGAAUGAAAAGAUGGUAGCAAUAAUUAUGGAAUUCAGGUGUACCUAUCCUUGACAGGAAAUGACAACUAUGAUAAGAUAAAGAAACCUUAGUUUUGACAUGUGUGGUGAAAAAUGAUUAUAAGUCCUGCCAUCAGGGAGACAGACUUGGAUCUCAUAAACUGCAGAAGGUCAAGCUGAUUGGACGUCCAUGCCAAAGUUUAUGGUUAGCUCCUGAGAGUGGGGGUCCACCAGGUUGCUUAAGGAAAGGCAAAACAGCCUAGGUUGGGAAUGAAACAUUUCAAACCUCCAGUGAUGAAGGCACCAGGGGAUGCCUCCAUACUUUCAGUCUUGGUGAGAUAGAGAGAUCUGCAUCAAGAACAUAAUAAGAAAGUUAUGAUUUUCCUGUACCCUCCUCAGAUCUGGAUCUGGAGUGUUACAUUCAGUUGCGGGAGCUUAUGUUUUAGAAUAAUGAUAAACUGGAGAGUAUCCAGAGGACAAUCAGAAUGACAAAAAGCUUUUAGAUUAUGCUAAGUGAAUAUUGGUUGAAAUAAUUGGGGAGGCUUAGUUUGGGAAAGAGAAGACUUAAUAGUGAAACAAUGGCUUUCUUUCAGUAUUUCAAGGUCUGUCAUGCAUAAGAGGGAUUAAAUUUGUUCUGUUUGAUUACAGAGGGCAGAAUUCGGAGUAAGGCAGGUUUUAGCUUGAUGUUAAGGAGAGACUUCUUCCUAACAAGAAUUAUCUCAUAAUGGAAGGCUGUUUUGGAAGGCAGUGGGUUUUGCCAUCAAUGGUGAUUUUUGAACAAAAACUGGAUGACUGUUGGUUGGAGAUGCUGUGAAGAGGACUCUUGUUCAGACAUAAGUGGGAUCACAAAAUCUCUCAAUUUGUCAAUUCUCAUUUUUCAUUUAUGAAAUUGGUCUAAAAUCUUAUUUAUGUAGAUUUGGAUAUAUAUAUAUUUCUGAACACAUACAGAAAAUAAAUAUAUACAUGAAAUGCAAUUUUCUUAUAGGAUAUACAUAUAAAAAUAUAGUCAUGUACUAUUCACAGGUAAAUUACUGAGUUGAAUAUAUUCACCUAUAAGACACUCAUUGAUGUGUGUAUAAAUGUAUUUUCACCUAGAUUUGGAGAUUUAUAUAUCUAUAUGUGUGUUUACUUUUUCAAGAAUACAUUUCCUUAUCAAGGAUUCA